AUGAAGCUCUCAUCCUUCUUGACUUCACUCUUAUUCUCUAUCACUGUCGUUGUUUCCGAGGAAACGCCCCUGGAAGUUACUCCUCUAGUCCAAAACGCACAGUGCGAGAAACCAGCAGAACGUAGGGAAUGGCGAACACUAGAUCGAUCGGAGAGAAAGGCUUUCAUCGAUGCUGUCAAGUGCCUUGGAGAACUCCCUCAUAACCCAAAACUGACACCAGUCGGAGCAACGCCUGAUAUUCCCUCGAUGAACUUAUCGUCGUCAUAUUUCGACGACUUUGUCUACGUACACAUAGAUUCAAACAUCAAGGACCACUUCACUGCCCUGUUCUUACCCUGGCAUCGGUGGUUCUUGCAUACAUUUCACACGGCACUGAAAGAUAAAUGCGCGUAUGGUGGGGUGAUGCCAUAUUGGAACUGGUCAUUGGAUGUGGGAAAUAUCACAAACUCUCCUAUCUUCGAUGCCGAUCCGGAGUCUGGACUCGGAACGUUCGGAACCUCGGCGGACGACAAGUGGGAAGUCAAAGAUGGUGCUUUCGGUACCACCAUACGAGCCUACCCCGUACCCCACGUUGUCAGCCGAAAGUUCAAUCCACGCCCAUUCGAUAAUCACGUGUUCCCGUUCGGGUUUAAUGCUCCUGAAAUGCAUGCCACCCAACCAUUUGCUCCAGAGGCGAUGGAGAACAUUGUGGAAGGCUCGACAGGAAACUUUACUGAUUUUGCAUACAAGAUUGAUGGCGUCACUGCCCAAGGCCCACACAACGCCGCUCAUUUGAUGAUGGGAGGUGAUAUGGGGAACCUGCUCUGGUCGCCCAAUGACCCACUCUUCUAUCUACACCAUGCACACAUUGACUGUAUCUGGGAGAAAUGGCAAGACCGUCGCCCGGAAAAUGCUAUGGCGUUUGGCGGAGGGCUUACCCAAGAUGUUGAAAACUACCACCUAUACCCUGUUGGCGCUCCUCCUGCUGCCAAUUUCUCCUCCCUGCUCCCCACAGAAGGCCUCAGUCCUCCUGCUCAGGUUUCUGAUAUGAUGUCAACCAAGAGGAGCAAUCUUUGCUACAAAUGCAUAUGGUAA